UUCUUUUCCAUUUUCGUUUCUGUUUUUACCAUUUAUUAUUAAUUCUCUCUACGAUCUCGUCCUCUUCCCCUCCCCCUUCCGUUUGGUUUGAUCCCUGGCAUUCAAUUGCGCGCGAGGCGUAGCCCGUGCUCCGAUCGCGCGGCGCGUAUGGCGCUCCCCGGCGGCCCCGCCGCGCCGACGCCGGAGCCGGAGCCGCUCAGGCUGGCGGAGGAGGAGGUGCGGGAGGCGGAGCUGUUCGAGGAUGCGGUGGACGUGUCGCCGACCGCCUCCGCGCACCCGGUGACAUGGCGCGAGGGCGAGGCCGCACCGUCGUCGUCGCCGUCGAUGUCGGUGUCGAUACCGCACCGCCACGAGGCGGGGGCCGCGGACGAGGAGGAGGAGGCGUACGAGUCACCUCCGGCGUCGGGGGCGUCGGGGCAUACGGGGAUUGACGGCCCGGGGUGGUCGCCUUCGGUUUCCGAAUCGCGAGAGGGCAGCGCCUCGACGUUGGGGCAGCGCGCCGAGGAGGUGGGGAAUUGGGUGGCCCCGUCGGGGGCAGCAGGCUCGCCAGGGAUGGAGGACUCGAGGUCCAGGUCCUCGUCGGCACCGCCUUCGCCCAGGCCGCCGUCGUCGCCUGCGCCGCAGACCAGGCCGCACCCGAGGCACGUGCGGACCAGCAGCUUCCAGCGGUUCCGGCAGCAGAUGCAGCGCGCGUGGAAGUGGGGGCCCGUCGGAGGUGGAGGAGACGCCGAGAGGAGCCCCAGGGAGCAGUUGCUGCGCACUACGGUGAACAUUGAGGCUAUGGCGAACCAGAAGCGGCAGUGGUAUCAAGUCCACGCCAAGGAUCAGAAUCAAUUUAAGGAACCAUCAUCACUCUUUGAACAUUUUUUCGUAGUUGGACUCCAUUCUUAUGCAAAUGUUGCAGUAGUUGAGGAUGCUUUUGCAAAAAAGAAAGCUUGGGAGUCUAAUGUAGCAUGCUCAGAGGUUGUUGAUCUUAGUAAAAUUCAGUACCAUGGACCAAUACCAACCAUGGAACCACAGAUUCUUUUCAAAUAUCCACCUGGAAAGAAAGAGGAUAUUAGAGAGGCUGAUUUACCCUCGUUCUGUUUUCCUGAAGGUGUAAAGGCUCGCUUAGUCGAGAGGACUCCUUCCAUGAGUGAUCUAAAUGAAGUGAUAUUUGGGCAGGAACAUCUGUGCCGAGAUGAUUUGUCCUUUAUCUUCUUCCUAAAGGUAUCGGACAAUGCACCACUAUAUGGUGUUUGCCUUCAUGUCCAGGAAAUUGUUCAAAGAGCCCCUGGUAUACUAGGAGCAGUCUCACCCCUAAAUCAGACUUCCUACAAGCCAAGCCGUUUCUUGGUUUCUGCACCACGUUGUUACUGUUUACUCACAAGAGUACCUUUUUUUGAGCUACAUUAUGAGAUGUUAAACAGCAUAAUUUCACAGGAGAGGCUCGAAAGGAUAACACAGUUUGCCAGUGAAAUUGCUCUGGCAGGGCCAGUCCCCCGUUCCUUGAGAGAACAGUUACAAGAUCAAUCAGAUGGAGAUUUUGAAUCUCCAAAUGGGCUUUCGUACAAUGACUGGACAGAAUAUGCUGUACCUGUCGACAGUAUAUCAGGUCUUGUUUCUUCACCAGGACUUACAUCAGAAAGAGACGCCCCUUCAUAUUUGUUCAGGAGUUGGGAACCUAAUUCUCCUGAAAGUAUAUCUGCUAGUGAGACUUCAGAAUCUAGUUAUGCAAAAGAACCUGAGAAGGAAGGAAGACAUAGUUUCCAACAAUAUGAAGAUUGUAUAUCACAGAACACGGAAUCCCGCUGUGAUAGCUUUGGAAGAGCAAGUAGUACUUCUGAGAAUGGACAUACUUCCCCAGAUCUUCUGUCCAUGCAUUCUCCUAUCUCUACAAGAUUAGAACGCACACAGAGUAUGGAGUCUUUACACAGUUCAGUCAAAGGUGCUGGGUCAGAUGAAGAAGACGAUGAAGUAAAUGUGAAGAAUGAAAGUGGUGUUGAUGAUGGCAAAGUUCUGGGAUGGGCUAAGGCACACAAUAAUGAACCUCUACAAAUUGUUUGUGGUUACCAUGUUCUUCCUCUGCCACCUCGCGGAGGAGAAAUUGUCUUCCAACCCCUUGAACAUCUCCAGCCUGUUAAAUACUCCCGACCUGGAUUAUCAUCAUUGGGGUUAGGAGACACAAAUUUGGACAAUGAUUUGAAUUCGGCAGAAACAAAUCUGGUCAUUGUGAAUGCCCGCUUGGUCGCUGCAGAAGAAGCUCUUGCAUUAUCAAUAUGGACUAUGGCUACAGUUUGCCGUGCUUUAUCUCUGGAAAGUAUACUAGCAUUAUUCACUGGAGUUCUGUUGGAGAAGCAAAUUGUGGUAAUAUGCCCAAAUCUGGGUGUACUGUCAGCAAUUGUUUUGUCAAUUAUACCGAUGAUUAGGCCAUUCCAGUGGCAAAGUUUACUGCUUCCUGUUCUACCAAGAAAAUUGAUUGAUUUCAUCGAUGCCCCUGUCCCUUUCAUUGCUGGUAUCCAACAUAAACCCCCUGAUAUCAAGAUGAAAGCGUCUAGUCUUGUCAGAAUCAAUGUACAGAAAGAUCAGGUCAAGGCAAAUUUAUUGCCUCAACUUCCACGUUACAAGGACCUUGUUUCUGAUCUCAGUCCAAUUCAUGCUAGACUUUCAUGUGAGAAUGCUUUGGCCAAGAAACAUCCUAUGUAUAAAUGCAACGAAGUUCAGGCUAAGGCAUCUUGUCAGUUCUUAAAUGUUCUGAGAACCUACUUGGAGUCACUUUGUUCUGAGUUGCGCUAUCAUACCAUCACCAAUGUACAGUCAGAUAAUGACAGGGUUUCCUUGCUUCUGAAGGACAGUUUUAUUGAUUCCUUCCCCUCGAAAGAUCGACCGUUCAUGAAGCACUACGGCGGCACCGAGGACGCCCGCUCCAACCGUGCCGCAGCGCUCAACAUCUUCUACGGCCUCGCGCUCACCGAGGCGCUGCUCUUCCUUGUCGAGAAGGCGCUAUGGGAGUGGAAGGUGGGCCACCGCCGCCUCCUCGAGUGCGUCGCCGACGACUGCAAUCUCGCCGGUGCCUACGGCCAGGUCGCCGUACGCCGCUUCUUCUACGACUCCUACUCGCGCUGCCUCAACGGCAGCAUCUUGGACGGCCUCCACAUGGGCCUCGUCUCCUACGCUGAUGAUCUCAUCACCGCGGGCUCGCGCGACGAGCAGAGCCUCGGCGCCGGCAUCCUCGUCGCGCUCGUCGAGUCCGACCGCUUCGCCGAAGCCACGCUCCGCAGGAUCAGCGUCUCCGCGCCCACCAUCCAGCGCCUCAUCGAGAUGCUCAGCUGGAAGGACUCCUCGGAGCGCGAUGUCCGGCGCUCGGCCGCCGCCGUCGUGUCCAUGCUCACCGGGAGGAAGCUCGUCGCGCUCCGCGUCCUCGGCAUUCCAGGUGCCAUCGAGUCCGUCGCCUCGCUGCUUUAUGCCGACCUCGACGAGCUCAACAUCCUCGGCCUCUCCACCCUCAAUAAGCUGGCGCAAGACCACGACAAUUGCGACAAGAUUGGCAAGACCAGGGGCCUCCUCGAAACCAUCAUCUCCUACUCCAGCAUCGACCAUGCGCUGGCGUCGCCCUCGCAGAGGGACAUGAGGCUCAAGGCUGUCAAGAAGUCGCUCCGCGUUGUCAAGAGGCUGGCCGGCACGAGGGGGGACACCGGGAAGCUGCUCCGACGGGAGCUCACCGACAUCGUCUUCACCGUGAGCAACGUCAGGGAGAUCCUGCAGCGGCACGACAAUAAGUUCCAGUCGGAGCUGCACCAGUUAGCCAUCGAGAUACUCACGAGCCUCGCGAUGGACGAGGACGCCAGGGAGAUCAUCGGCGGGACGGGGGACGUGGUGAGCGUGCUGGUCACCACGUUCUUGCCGGCGGCGUUUACGACGAAGGAGUGUCAACGGGCGGACGUUGUCCGGGUGGAGGCCGGCGAGGCGCUCGCGAUGCUGGCCCUCGAGAACAAGAAGAACUGUGGAGCGAUCAUAAUGGCUCUUGGCGGAGGGAUCGGGCGGCUCGUUGAUGCGCUGAACGACCCCGUCGUCGUCGUCGGUGCCGCGAGGAUCAUGCACAACCUCUGCUCCUACUCCGGCGACGAGUGGCAGCUCCCUCUGAGAGGGGUCACCGUCGGCGCCGACAAGGUGCUGAGGUCCAUCACGGUGGAGAAGGCCAAGAUCCUCAACAUCUUUAUCGGGCUCGCGGCGCAGAUGCUCCGCUUCAUGGAGCCCGGGGAGCUCCGGGGGAGCCUCGCCGCAGCGGGCGUGGUGGACACGGUGCUGGCGAGGUCGCUGGUGCAGGUGCUGCGGGAGUACAGCCGCCCGUCCAUGGACGUGCCCCGGGCCCGACGGUACACCAUAGAGCUUGCCAUGGCAUUGAUGCAGUCGGACGCACGCUACGUGGUCCUGUUCGUGGAGCUCGGCAUGGAGAGCGAGCUGAGGCGCGUGGCCAUGACCACCUCACAGCUGGAGUGCUUCAACGUCUUCUCCGGCAGCGUCGGGCUCAGCCGCAGAGACACCAGCGUCUGUUCCCUCGUCCAGUCGGCGUUGGAGCAGAUGAACAAGGGCUGGAAUUAAGCCCUGAAACUACCACAUAGAGUAUAUAUAUAUAGUGUAGAUUGCUAUCUGUUGUACUGUUCUUCUUUCUAUGCAU